AUGCCUGAUUAUUACCGCAAGACUCGCCUAGAACACUACGAUCCUUACAGACGCGCAUCCCUCUAUAUUGAGCCCCUGAAUAUAGACGAUAGUGAGAUAGAAAGUCUUGAGUUCUGCUCAAGUUUCAUGCUCGACGCCGAUAUCUUCGAUGAUGAUUUUGAGAUAGCAAGUGUUGUGGAAGAAUACAAACCAUUGGCUACCACUGCGAAGUGGUCCGCAAAAUUUACCGUAGCAUGGGAGGCUCUGUUGGUUUUCACAUCAAAGUGUGCUAAACUGCUACAACCGAACUGA